GUCAACCCCUUACUAAAAUGUAUUCAACCGAUCUUUCGACAUAAAAAGCAUAGACCAUUUAAAAAUAACAACAGAGUAUUUCAGUGUCAAUCGACACAUCCACACGUUUAUAUAUGAAUUUGAUUUUACAACACCCACAAUCUUUAGAUACAAAAGUGCGUAGGCAAUUUUAAACCAAAUUUAUAGGUUAACUAGAUUGGGUUUCUUUACACUAACCAAUCUGUGCUUUAUAAAUAAAUUGGGAAAAACAAAAACAAACUACUUUUAACACAGCUUCGAUUGCUUCACUUAUUCUGAGGACAUAAGUUGAAUCAUAACCUUUUAGUAUUUCGGUUAUUUGGAUACAGUAGUGUUGCUUCUUUGGAUUUCGGUGACGACAACCAUGGCAUCACCAGACGUUGGUAUGGUGUAUCAACCACCUUCUCAAAUAAGUCCUCAGAGUGGUAAUAUGACAACAUCAACUAAAGUGCUCAAUCUUUCGAGAGCCCAAGUCAACUUGGCUCAACCAGCAUAUGGUGCUUAUCCAACAUCAGUAUCCCCACAACAAUCCACUCCAACAAAUGCUUAUAAUUAUUCAACUCAACAAAGUCAAUCACCCUCAUUUUAUGCUUAUCCUAAUCAGACAGGAUUUGAUCAACCUGAUAGCAGCUUUAAUAAACCAGGUUUUCAAAAUUUUGCGCAACCUCAAGUUUUCACAAUUGGUUCUAAUCAAGCGUCUCAAAUGCAGCCAACUCAGUAUCAACAGCAAAUUCAACAGUCUCAGCAACCACAGCAGUAUCGAGUUAUUGCAACUCCUUUGCAAACUACAAACAUGGGGCAACUAAAUGCUUAUCCUGUAAGUCAGAGUAAUUCGCAACCUUCUUACAACGCUCAACCGAAUGUCAUUUAUUUCGGUCAGUCUGGACAAACGCAGCAACAAUUACCACUGCAACAACCUUACCAUCCAGAAACACAACAACAAAUAGGUCAGGUGAUAUAUGCAAGACCAGCCAGUCAGUCUUACGCUCCUCCAGGAACUGCCUAUCCAACUCAAGCACAAUUUACACAACAGCCUAACACAGGCACAUUAUCUUUUCAACCAACCAAUCAGCUGACACCUUCGUCCCAGCCAAUCACUAUUCAGCCCAAUCAUCAGGUUAAUCAAACAACCCAGCAGAAUUUUAAUCAGGCAUCAAGAUUCCAACACGUGUCAAAUCCUAUAUCAUCUUCACAAACUCCACAGUUCCAAGUGCAAAAUCAACAAGCUUAUUCUCAAAUUCAAUCAAAACCUCAACCAAUAGCCCAACCUUACACUUCACAAACUAAUUUUAAUCAGAUUGAACAUAAACCAGCACAAGUUGCACAUACCACUUGGAGUGCACAGACUAAUAAUAAUCAAGUGAUUGAUAACAGAGGAAAACAACAAUAUUACCAACAACAGCAACAACCAGUUCAAACUUAUCAACAAGUUCAAACUAAUCAAUUAAACACACAGAAUACUUUACCACCUAUUGUAUCUAGUCAAGGAUUUGAUCAACAAGUACCUAGACGUUUUCCUUCUGGUGAUCAGUCAAAACAAAUUAAGGUCAAAUCACUGCCAAUGCGUAAUUCAGUUAGCAUAGAUGGUAUUGACUCGUCUGGUCCACCACAGUUUGUUGUUCAUCCUGUAGGCCAACUAACCGUAGCAGAAGGUGAACCAGCUAAUAUAACUGCACGUGUACGUCCAGCUGGUGAUAGUACAUUAGUUGUUGAGUGGUAUAAAAAUGGCAAGCCAUUACCAGCAGCUUCUCGUUUCACAACGACUUUUGAUCGAGGCUACGCAGUACUUGAUUUUCUAUACAUGAAUGAAGAUGAUAACGGUGACUAUUCCUGUGUAGCAACGAACAGUCAAGGACAAGAUCAAUCAAGCAGUUGUCAUGUAACAAUUAUACCAGAAGAGGGAGUUGUCACUGAAACUCAAUUGCCAGAAGAAUCUAUGAUUGCAAAUCUAGCUAUGAUGGAAGAUCAUUUAGUAAGAAAUGGACUGGAUAGAGCUAAUCGUUAUCAUGACGAUAUACGUCCAACAAAUCCACCAAAUUUUCUUAAACCACUUGCACCACAAGUUGGUCUUCGUGAAUCAGCUCCAGCACAUUUCGAAACGUGUGUAGAACCCACAAAUGAUCCUUCAUUAACAGUUGAAUGGUAUAAAGAUGGCAAACCUGUUAGCAUGGGCUGUCGUUUUAAUGCUGUUUUGGACCGGGGAUUUGCUAUGUUAGAUAUUCAUUAUUGUUAUCCAGAAGACAAUGGAGCAUACUUCUGUGUAGCACGUAAUGCAGCAGGACAAGUACAAAGCAAUGUGGUUGAAUUACAAUGUAAUGCAGAUGAACAUAUUGUUACUAGUUCAGUAUUAUCGAAAGAAUCAAUUUCAUAUCUUCAAAGUUUGGAUGCUUGGGAAAGUGAUGCAAUGGCAGGUUAUGAUACAGUUAAAAGAGAUGAAGAAGAACCACCAUGUGCACCAUCAUUUGACAUUCUCCCAGUUGCUGUCACUGUCACUGAAGGUUCGCCAGCUAAAUUUAUUGUUAAAGCAGGUGGUUAUCCAAAGCCUAAAAUAUUCUGGUAUAUUAAUGGAGAAUUGAUAGCCUCAUCUGGAGGUGGCGGAAACUGGAGAAUAUUUCAAGAUGGUGGUAUUAGUAAUUUGGAAUUUCAUCGUGUUGGUACACCUGGUGAAUUACAUAUUAAAGCUGUUGCAAGAAAUAAUAUGGGUGAAGCUGCUGCUGAAACAAUAUUAAUUAUUGAACCACAAUUAGAUUUUCGACCAGAUCUACGUCAUGUUGAACCAGAAAAUCCAUUCAAAAAACUUGCACAAUUGAAAAAGGUAAAAUGUAGCGAUGAACUUUCAUCAGCUUUUCGUAAACCAAAGGCUCAAGCCCUUGAUUUACGACGUUUAGAACGAGAACUUGAAAAUCGUGGUCGAUCUGCUGCUGGUGUAGAUGUUGAAGAAACAGAAAAUCUCUAUUCACGUGUUCAAUCACAAUUACGUACUAAUAGACGUUCUAGUGUACCACCAAGAACACCACCACCUCCACAGCCUCAACCGCAGAAUAUUCAACCGAAUAAUGUUCAAUAUCAAAAACAAACAACAGCACCAAAUACACAACAGUAUCAGGCACAACAACAACAACAACAGCAACAACAUCAACAACAAAAUUUCCAACCUCCAGCAAUGCAAAAACCAACUCGGCCGCAAUUUCACGCUCCGGUACCACCACCACCACAACAACAACAACAGCCGAAUACAACAGUGGUCAGGUUGAAUGCAUCGCCUAAUCAACGUCCGGACCAGCCUUCACCGCCUGUACAAAUGUUUCAGCCAUUAACAAUUAGUCCACCUGGACAAACACAGACACCAGUUGAAUCACCACGGAAUAUUCCACCGCCUGCUCAGCCAACACCAACACCACCACCGCCACCACCACCUAUGGCGCCUGUUGCUCAAAAUGUGACAUUGCCUCCACCGCCAUCAUCGCCGUUAAUGUCACCACCGAUUGUGAAUUCUACUAAUUCAUAGGUUUUGUCAACACAGUAAGUUACUUAAAAUAGAUGCAUUUAUCUAUAACAGUAGAUUUUCUAAUCUUAUUCAUAGUUAGUUUCACUGAUUGGUAUUAUCAUUUGGCGAAAAGUCAUUUUAAGUAGUUUGUAAACUAACAUCGUGUAUUACCUUAAUCCUUAUCCUUAACCUUUACAUAUUUCUUCAUUAGUUUUACACUGAUUAUCUGUACAUCUAUACUUCAGUAGUUUUCAUUGCAUGUGUAUGAUAAGUAGUAUAAAGUGAUUUCUUCCAUAUUUCAAUUUUCUGAUGUCAUUGGUAUCAUCCUCAACAAUCAAAUUUAUCAACUCGCAUGAAUCUAUAUUUUUCUAUAGAAUAAUUCGACUUUUUUUUUCAUAGGUGUACAUUCAUCCAUUUUCAUCUUUCAUAUGUGUAGAUCCUUCUAUGUGUGUGUGUGUGGGGGUAUGUAUAUGUGCUUGUUUAUGCUUGUUCAUCUGAAUAUUGUAGAUUUAGAUAUUUUCAUCGUAGCUAUUUGUUAUUAUUUGUAAUUAUUAUUGUCGUUUAUUGGUGGUCAUUACUACUUAAUUAAUAUAAGUCGAGAUAAUAUCAAAUAGAUGCAUUGUAUCUAUGCAAAUUAUCCAAUCUAGAGGUAAUCUUUUGUUACUUAAUUAGAAUUUUAGUAAAGUUUAUUCAUUAGUUGACUAAGUGUACACUGAUGUCAAAUCUAAAACGAGGAUGAAACGACUAUUUAGUAUUUUUUAGUUUUCAAUAGUUUCAGAGGUGAUGUCCAUCUGUGGAAACAGAAUAUACUUCAUUUCAUUUAAAUGAAAAAUAAUCGAAAAUUUAUUAAUGGACAAGAAAGGUAGCUAAUUUUUAACACAAGAAUCAAUUAACCACUUUUUUUAUGAAUUUCAACUCAUUCAACACAAACAAUAACUCGUUAUCUAGUGCAUCCUACUUAUGCUGACAGAUAUAAGUAGUAUGUAGCAGCAGUCAGAAGUGGAAUAUCUAAAGGCGGAAGAUUGAGAAGAAUGAAUUGAAGAGAACAAAAAGGUAUCAGAGAUCAAUUGUAAUAACAACGGAAUUGAAAGAAUCGCGAAGCAUGUAAAAAAACAACUGAAGGAAGAUGUGCAAAUAAUGCACUCUGUAAUUUUGUAACAACACUUGGUUAAGUAUUGUUUCACUCUAUCAAAAACAGCUGCGGAUAAAGAAAGUGAACCUUUAAUUAAUGAAGUACAAAAGACUUGUGUUGUUAAGAAUAACUAUCAUGUCGUAUAGCUGACGGUACAUUAAAAGUUAUUUACUUUUCUGUAUCAAGAAUAACCAACUGUACAAUGAUGCAAUUCUCUGAUCCUUCACCUACUCAAAUGGCUUAUUCUGAUGCAGUCAGCGCAGACUUCACUAUUCAACUUUAAUUCAUUUUGUGACAAACACAAAAAUAAUAAAAUAAAACAGAACAGAACAAAACAUACUAGUGAAUCAUCAGUGCUUACCCAUAAUCAAUCAAAUAUUUAUAUUGGUUUCGAAAGAAUUCUAACAUUGUAAUCCCAGAUUACACUAAUCUUCAGUUUCAUUUUGCUCUAAUCAAUCAUUAAGCUUUUACAAACAGACAAAACUAAACAUAUUCUCAACAAUUGCAUUUGGCUUCAUGUAUGUCUUCCCCUUUUCACAACUAUCACUAAUAUUAUUAUUACUAUUAUCAUCAAUGCUGUAACCGGAUGAAUUCGCUAAAGCAUAUAACAUGACAUGAAUCCACUUAAAAAAAAAAUACAAAAAAUGCUAAAUUCAUUACAAAACAAGAUAGUUUACAUUCAACUACACUCUCUGAACAACAACUAGACAAUAUAUUGCAUGCAUAUUCACUCAAUUUAUCGUUUACGGUUCACUUUUUUUCCCCUCCAAUUACCUUUUCUCCAUCCGUCAACAGAACGAAACGAAAUGUUACAUUGUUUGUUGACAACAUUCAAUGGAUUCUAAUUUAAUUUAUUCAAAGUUUAUAUUUAUUUAUAUCUUAGAGAUGAAAGCAUUCAAACAAUCAAUCAACCAUUCAUUUAGUAUAGAUCACAUUCAUAUAUAUACCCUAUUCAAUUAUUAUUCUAUUCUGUUAUGUUUGUGUAUGUGCUUACAUUCUUCUUAAUAUAUCAAAAGAAAUAAAGAGUAUGAUUGUUUCCUUUGAUAAAAGUCAAGUGAAAGUAGAUGUAAACAUUAAUGGCUUAUUUUUUAUUUCUAUACUAAACUAGACUUUAGAUUCACAUUUCGUCUAGAAAAAAGAAAAGAAAAGAAAUGAUUAAAUGAAACUCUUUGUUAGUUAAACUAUAUUUCUUUUGCUAAUGAAUUUUGUAAACUGUCUAUUUUAGUUAGUGAAAACAUGCAAACAUACAUACAGAAUGAAGCAAACACAUUGAAAACCUUGAAUAUACAACAUUGACACUAGUUGGUAUUAGUUUCUAGUAUUUCAAUUGUCAUUGUUACCUACCAUCGUUUCCUGUUUCUUCAGUUUAUAUUCUGAUCAUUUAAUUUAGAUAUACAAUGUGUUUAUAUUUACCUGUUAAAUUAUUAUGGACAGAAAUAUCUGGGAAUUAUUGAUUUGAUUUGCAUGUACGUUGGCAAGAAAACGUAACACAUUUUAUACAUGUGUCAGUAUUGGGUUAUAUUGCUUUCAAUUUACUAAUAUUUGUAAGGUUUAUUGUAAUGCUUUUACCCUUCCCCCCCCCUUAUUCAAUUAAAAAUCAACAGUUUAGUUAUAAAAAAUGUUGACAUUUCUUUUCAAUGGAUUCUUUGUUGUUUUAAUAUUUGGAUAUAAAGAUUUACGGUAAAUAGGAAAGAAAAAUGCUUUAGAGGUCGCUUCAUAGUAUUUUUAGGGGGUUAACGGAAUUUGUUCAACCUAUAAGUUAGUUUUCAUUGUGGACUGGAAUGGGUUUGUAUAUCAUUAAGCAUUAGGAUGUAUAUAGUAGUUGUUUUGUUGGAGAUUGAACCUUUCCAGUAGCAACCAUUUCAUGAUCAUACAUAGAAUGAAACUAAGCGUUCAAAGCUCUUGCAACCACCAUGAUAUAUUCAAUCUACUGAUUGUAAUUAUUAAUAACUGAUAUUUUAUGAUGAUGUGACUACUAUUUGAUAUUAGUGAUGUUUGUUCCACUUCUGAAAUAAUCAUGCG